CAACGGACUAUAAUCAGCGAUCAGAUCCAUUGACCCGGCGAGGAAGACCGAGUAAAAGUCGGCUUUUUUUGUUCUUUUUCCUUUCAAAAUGUUCUCAUUCCCUGAUUCUACUCGCGUCACUUCGUCGUCUCCUUUCUUCUACGCCGAUGCUUCAGCUGAGAACUAGAGGAAAGGGGGUUAGAGGGAGCUUAGGGUUGUGAUUUGUGAGGUAAAGAGAACAUGUAUAGUGUGUGUUAUACAACUUAGUUGGGAGUUCAUUCCCUCAGCUGGAUGAGGGAAGAUGAAUUGAGGCAGUGAAUCGAAUACGUUUGCUCAUCAGAUUUUGUCUGCGAAGUUUGAUGGAGAGCACUGCCCCAAAGCUGGGUUUUGUUCGAUGCGCAAAAUGUUUUGAGGUUUUAAAAGAACCUCCAGGGAUUACUGUAUAUAAAUGUGGUGGAUGUGGUGCCACUCUUCUAUCCGGAGUGCAUCCAAGCAGUGGAGAACUUUUGAGUUCAGCAUCAGCCGCCGGCAGCUCGAAGAACAUUUCAGAUAGCAGUUCUCAAGUCAAUCAAAAAGAGAAUUUUGAAAAGCGAACUCCUUCAGAUCAUAUUGGAGAUAAAGAUCACGUGUCUAGUGGUGAAAGGAAUGUUGAAGAAUUCUCUGGAAAUGCAAUGAACACUCAUGUGGCUGAUUUGAAUGGUGCAAAUUUGAAAGAGAAGUUGGAAUCUCCAGUUUAUGUUAAAAAUGGGAUAAAGGGGACAACUUUGGAGAAAGAGAACAAGACGGAAACAGGCAUCCCAAGUAAAACUAAGAAUAAUUUGAUUAAAGAGCUGAAGGUAUCUUCAGAUCUGGAAAUUCCUGCAGCAAAUAACAGCAUGAACUCAAAUGAUAAACUGGAGGAAUCUUCAGAAUCUCUCGAGUAUGAUACUUCCUCCAAGGAUAAUAAAAUAAAUGGAAACUAUAGAAAAGAUACAAGCUUUUUAUUGAGAAAGAACUCUCAUGCUUAUGAUAGCAGCUUCUCUUCCAUUGAUGCAGAGCGAAGAAAACAAAUUCCUCAGAAGUAUCUCAAUUUAUCCAGAAGAACAUUUGGGAGAAGAACAUCCUCUGUUAUCAGUGGUCAAGUCACACCCAGAAAUGGAGUUCAUGCAAGAGAGCAAGACUUCUCAUUCAUCUCUGAAGAUUUUCAAUCUGCGCGCAACUGGAUGGAAUCAGAAAAUGACUCACCAUCAAUUUCUAAAUCAAAAGAUCAUGCCAAACAGUUUGUCAAAUUCAGAUACUCUGAAAAAGAUGACAAAGUAAAAAUCAUUAAAAAGGUUGAUGAACUGAAAAGUGAACUCCUUGAAUACUUCCAUCGAACUGCUGUUGACAAAGAUGAUUCUCAGCACGGCCUCACUGCACAAUUUGAAGAAAAAAUUCAACCACAACAGUAUCGAUCCUCAUCACUUAUUUCUCUCUCAAAACAACCCAAAUCAUCCUGCUCGAAUACCCACUACGGCGACAUUUGCAAUCGUAACGAACACAGCAAGCCUUGCCAUCACAAUGCAUGCUGCAAUCUGCCUGAAAGGACCACAAUUCGUCCUCUUCACAUGAAAUGCUGUCCUUCUCUUCACCAUGAGCCACAAAACCCACAGUCCAAUGAUAAAAAGAAACAGCAGGCAGUGAAGCGGCAUUGCCGACCAGUCUCCGGUGGCGCGCCAUUUGUGAUUUGCUACAAAUGUUACAAGCUCUUACAACUUCCUGCAGAUUUUCUAGUGUCAACUAAGAGAGUUCAUAAGCUUCGCUGUGGUUCUUGUUAUGAAGUUCUAAGGUACUUCUACAGAUCGAGAGCUCUUUCGAUACAGCGGACUCCUGCAGAAGCUCAGCAUCCACCCAGCGAAAGCGAGAACAAUGUAUCUGGUUUAGUUAAUGAGAUCAGAGUUGGAGCUAGUAAUGAGUUAGCAGGAGGCGAUCCGGUUUCGUAUUCUGAAGAAUAUGGGGUUUCUUUUGGUAAGAGUUAUUCUUAUGAGGCUGAGCCCUCUCGGCAACUUGGAAGAUAUGAUGGCAUUGUGGAAGAAGAGGAAAGUGGUAGAAAAGGUAGUGGUUCGCAGUUGCACAGACUUAUGGGCUAUUCUUCAGCUCGUUAUCUACUCUUUGAAAAUCUUAGCCCGGGUGAUGGCCAUAGAAUUGAACAGGACAGAUAGUAUAGAACUUUGAAUGAGAAGUUGCAGGGAGGAGAUUUGGAGAGGAAGGAAGAAAUUCAAAGUUAUGAAGAUAGAAGACAUAUAUAUACAUAUAUAAUGACAGAACUUAGUUUUUAGAACAUAGGCAGGGUUUAAUCUUAGUAGUUAUGAUAAUUGUUUGUAUUCAUUUGUAUGAUAAAUGAGCAUGUUUUCUUAAUAAAAAAUUACAGAAAAUUAAUUAUUAGGAAUUAUUUUUUUGGUGAGUACACAUUUGAUUGUUCAUCUUUAACAAUGAAGCUAUAAUAUGCGUUCUCUGAGGAUAAUAAAUGG